AUGGCCGCAUACCAGCCCGCUAUCUUGUCAGCCUCACUUGGCCGAGCAUGGGUACAUGAGUUUGCCGAGAAAGCUAAGCAGGCUUCAUGCCAAGGAUUCCAAGGCAUCGAAGUCUUUUACGAGGAUCUCGAGUACGAAGCAAAAAGACUACACAAUGUUGAAACUCCAAGCGAUGGCCAGAUACUGUCAGCAGCAUCCAGUAUUCGACAGCUGUUGGACGAGUUGAACCUCACAGUAAUUGGUCUCCAACCCUUUUUAUUCUACGAGGGUCUGUUGGACCGUGAACAGCACGCCCGCCUGAUCGAAAAGAUAAAACUGUGGUUCAAAAUAGCCAAACUUCUGGGAACCAACACAAUCCAGAUUCCCGCCAACUUCCUCCCUGCUGAUCAACUGACUGGCGAGAUGGAUGUCAUUGUCAGUGAUCUGGUCGAGCUCGCCGAUAUGGGACUCGAACAAGACCCUCCGAUUCGUUUCGCAUACGAAGCUCUGUGCUGGAGUACACAUGUCGAUACCUGGGAGAAGUCAUGGGAAGUAGCCCAGAAGGUUAACAGGCCCAACUUUGGCCUUUGUCUCGAUACCUUCAAUAUUGCUGGGCGCGUCUGGGGUGAUCCUGCAUCACCAACCGGCAUGACACCCAAUGCAGACCAAGACAUGAAAGAAUCUCUCGAAAGACUUGUUCGAGAUGUCACUUUGGACAAGGUGUUUUACAUCCAAGUUGUUGAUGCGGAGAGAAUGGAAUCGCCUCUGGUCAAGGGUCAUCCAUUCCACGUGGAGGGAAACCCUGCAAGAAUGAAUUGGUCAAGGAAUGCUCGAGCCUUUAUGUACGAGGAGGAUCGUGGCGCGUAUCUUCCGGUAGAGAAGAUUGCCAAGGUAUUGAUCCAGGACAUGGGAUACAAGGGAUAUGUCUCUAUGGAGCUCUUUUCAAGAACAAUGUCUGAAGAAGGCAAAGAUGUGCCCCAGAAGCACGCUGAGAGAGGCAUUAAAGCUUGGCACAAGCUUGUUGAGCGGCUGCAGUUGAACUGA